UUUAAAAAUGCAUUUGAACAUAAUGCUUUUGCUGGGAAUCGUAUUGGUUUUGAUUGUUCAAGUGACUGAGUCGAAUGAAAUUCUUAAACUACCACUUGCCUUGAUCCAAAACGGUAUGAAUGGGGAAUUCAUACAAGGAAAAAUAUUUCCGUUCUUCGCUGACAUGAAAGAGUCCAUCGAACAAUUUAAAGACAGCAAUGCAGUUUCAAAACUGAUAAACAGAAUUUUGCAAGAUGGAAAGGACGAUAUGAAAUUUCGGCUGAAACGGGACGUUUCAAAUAUACUAACUAAAAACUGUUCUGAAAACCGUACAAAUGUCUUGAAGAAUGAUAAGUUUCAAGGUGUCAAAUUGGAAUCUUCAAAUCUUAAUGAAAAUUCGCAGAAAUCUACUGUACGCCGGUUUAAAAGAAACAUUGAAUAUGAUUCCAGUGAUGUUUUGUUAAGGGAUUCGUCUGUGAAACAAGAAGAAAACACCGAGUCCGUGAGACAAGAUUUGGAAUCAAUAAAUAUGGAGGAUGAGAACAUGAGAAGUUUUAGGUCUCAAAUCGAAAGUCUUUUAGAAAAUGAUGCUCAUGAAAGACAGUUUUUCGAAUCAGAAGAUAGAAGAAUUUUAGAACCUGUAAAUAAACGAAUUUUUAAAUCUGAAAAUAGAAGAUUUUUUGAAACUGGAGGUAGAAAAGUUUUUGAACCUGAAGGCACAGUAAUGUUUCUAACGGGAAAUAAAGAAUACCGUGAAGUAGAUGAUGGAAGAAAUUUUGAAGUUGACGAUGGAAGUUUCGAAAUUGAUGAUGGACGAAAAUUUACGUUAGAAGAUGGAAGAAAUAUUGAAGCUUAUUAUAAAAGAAAAUUCAAACCUGAUAAUCCACAAAAUUUUGAAGCUGAUGAUGGACUCAUUUUUGAAUCUGAAGAUGCAAGAAUUUUUAAACCAAAAUCUUCAGGAAUUUUUGAAUCCGAAAAUAUAUAUAACAAAAAAUCGAGAGAACCUUUUGAGAAUUCAAGAGAUAAUACUCCGUACGUGCAUCAAAAUUUGGAAUCAAUGUUUGCGAAAGGAAGAAAAAUGAAAGAUUUUGGUUCUAAAUUUCAGCGAAAUACUGAAAGUUAUUCAAACGACCGAAGAUUUUUUCAGACAAAUGAGACUAACAACAAUGAUACUGAAUAUAUGAAUGGAAAUUCAGAUCUUAUAUUUGGGAAAAUACAGAAUAGGAAAAGCUUCGAGCCUAAAUUAAAGCGCAAUUUGGAAAUUGAUGUUGCUAGUCAAAGAAAUUUUUCUCAACACCUUCUUCGAAAAUACCCUAAUUAUAAAUGGGAAAAUAAAGCUAUUAAUGAAGAUAUGGCAUCGACCUUUGUCAUACCAAAAGCAAGGAACAUUUUUACAAGAAAGAAAAGAAAUGUUUUAACUCACAUCAAUCCAUUACAUAUCAACAGCUAUAAAGAACUGGUGCAAAAUACUGUGUUGAGUUCAAAAAACUAUUUAGAUCUCAAAAAACUUAACGAUACUCUGAUAAAUAAUAUUCGGAUACUCCCAAAUAAUUCCAACGCAGAUUCUGAAAAGAUGUUUAGUUUUGUUCAGAACCUAAACUCGGCCAACGAGAAACUUCAAGACUUAAAAAACAGAAAUCUAGCUAAAAAUAGCUUAUCAAGUUAUUUGAAUAAUGAGCAUAAAGUACCUAAAAAUUAUAUAUUCCAAAAAAAUACUGUCAAAGAAAGCACUCAAACCCCUGAAAAAGAAUUUUUUAAGAAGAUUUCAUCACCAGCAUUCAAAGAAAUCAAAAAGAAAUCCCUUCAACAAGUGCAUCUAGGAGACAAGGAAGAAUUCAGCGUUUCUAUAAAAAAUGAUGAUCGCCUAAAUCUCUUCGAGGGGCAGGGACAUAAUUUGUUGAAAGGCAAGAAUCAUUUGCGAAAUAAAUGGCAUAACGGAAAUGCUUUAGAAGUGGGUGAUGUCAAAGCAAAUCAAAAGAAAGAUAACAUCACGAGAACGUUCCAGAUAAAUAGUGAUGAGAAUGUCGACAAACAAAUUUCCAAUGCCACAAGAGAGCUCCUUAUCAGCAAGAAGAAUGGUGAGAAGGGGACAAUGGUGUCGCUCAUAAGAAACAAAAAAGGUUAUGCGCUAGAAGAUGUAGGGAAUUAUAGUAAACAGAAUAAAGGCAUAUUGAACGCGGAAGCUAUCAAAGAAAACAGCAUGAGAAAUGAUAGGAGAAACGAAGACGAAGAAGCUGAUAAAUCCCCAAUCGAUGUAGGAAAAACAGGAUUUAUAUUUCGUAGCUUUGACAACAGAGACGGUAUUAGGCACAAAUUUCCAAACAAGCGGAAUAAAUUUCCCAAUCGUCGCCCAGGAGUUGGGAAAAAUACGAAUUCGAAAAGCAAACAGAAAAAGAAUAAUCAAAAGAAGGCAACAGAAAGUAAACUGAAGCAGGCAAGUGUCAACCUAAAAAAAUAUAUUCCGAAAAAGGAAGGGCAAAAAGAAAAGAAUAAACUUAGACAAAGUGGUAACUUGUCAAAAAGCAAUAAUAAAAAGAAGAAUGAUUUAAACAAGAACUCUAUUAAGCAGUUGCCAGCCAUUGGGAAUCCAAAAGCGCUUUACCAGAGAAGUUUUAAAAAAAUGAAGAGCAAGACUGACCCAAAGCUGAAAGGCAAGAAACAAUUAAACUUAAAAGAAAUAGAGCGCAAGAAGAAAUAUGAAACUCUUAAUUCUGGUGUUUCUAGUGAAAUGCGUUUUCUUGGUUUGAAAGGGGACACCAAACUGAACAAAGCAAUUAAUAAAAUUCAACAAAAAGCUCCAAAAAUUGAGCUGAAAUUGAAUUAUGAUGGUGCACGAAAUAAUCAAAUCAGAUUUAAAAUCCCUCCAAUGCAGAAAUCUUUUGACAGCAACGAUGUUGAUUUUAUUUCGAAUCUAUUUGGAGACAAAAAGGAAUCAUUGCAACUCCAGAAAAAUGAAAAUAUGAUGGAAAAAAUAAUGAGAGGUAUUCAUUUUAAAAAUGCUGGAUUUCCAUUUAAUAAAGGAAAAAAUUCGAUUGACAAUUCUCAGAAAGUGGACGAUAGGAAAUCAAAAGAUAAAAAGGAUAACAUACAAGGAUUCGCAGCGUUUAAUUUUAAAAAAUCAAAUUUAUUAAAUAGGGACCAAGUCAUUCCAAAAAAAGUGACAGCCCAAGAGGACGAAAGUUUUGAUAGGAAUAAUAUCCUCUCUGGUAUAGGAAGCUUGUUCAAUAAUAUCAAUGCAAAUACUCGAAAUAUAAUAUCUGGAAUAGUUAAUAAAAUAAAAUCAGGUAUAAAAGGAGAAACCCAGAAUUUAAAUCCUCGAAUUCCGAAAAAUAGGUUGAUUGAAUCAGUCAAGGAUAAUUUUUUCAUGAACGAAAUACCGAUUAAACUCAAAGUUAAAAUAAUUACUGAAAACGAACAUAAUGUUAAAGAUGAAGCUCUUGCUGAAAAAAAUAAGAAAAGAACUAACUAUUCUAACAGCAUUCCUGAAUUUCAAAUUCGACCAUUAAUAAAUGGUGAAGGCAAUGCUCAAAAUAAAAGUAGAGCGAUGGAUAGUAAAAACGUUAUAUCCUCAGACGCUAGAAGCAAAAUCGAUGCUCUCUUUUCCCAUAAAAGUAAUUCUUCAAAACUAUCAAAUAAUAAAAUCAAUUGGAACAUUUUUAAUAAAGACCGCGAGGACUAUGGAUUUCGAUUAACCGACAUAGAUGUUUUAGAAAGUAGUGAGGAAUCACAAGUUCGCGAUAUUGUAAAAUUAGAUAAAAAUCAAUCUAAAAACAAAAAGGAUUCGAAAUGUCAAUCAGGAGUCAAAUAUUAUAUUGUUUUGCAAGAAACAGAUUCUGGCAAGAUUCUAAACAAUGAUGAAGUGCUUGAUCAUAACAAACCACCUGUAAUGCAUAAAAAUAAUCCAGCAGCAUUGAUUCCUCCUAAAUUUUAUACUCAGAAUUACAGUCCUGACGACAAAUUUCAUCGUGAAAAAGAGAAUGCAAAUCAUCAGCCUGAUGCCUUUCCUCGGCACAACAAUGAGAUGAAUGAUAAUAUUGCGAUAAAACAUAACAUAAAGGGCAAUCGAAUUCAAUCUGAAAAUGAUAUAGAAGAGAAUCUAGGCGGAAACGAAAUAAGAAAAUUUGACUAUUUUGAACCUGAAUUUUCAGAAGCUAAACGUGUUGAAAUGAAAAAAAUCAGAGCAAACGCAAACAGAAGCAACAUAGAAUUACAAAAAGAGCAAACACCAAUUAGCAAGCUAAAUAACAUUUCUAAUUCGAGUUCCGAAGAUAAUCAAAAUGGAAGUAGAUUUAAUCAAAGGAACCCUUUUGUAUCAAAGAAAAACAACGACAAAAUCUUCAACCAUCCUCUUUUUCAGCGCAUUUUUACAAAAGAAUCGACAGAUAUUAAUUACAAGAAUGGAAGUGAACCGAAAUAUAAAUUUCCAGAUAGACUGCAAAAUACCAAUAAUUCGAAUGAAGUUCUUAGAAAUAGCACAAAUCACAAGGGAAUUUUUGGAAAAGUAAAGAAAGGCACGUCGAAUAUAGAAGUUAAGAAAGCUGAUAUGAUGAAAAUUCAACCUUCCUCUGAAAAAGGUUUUACUUUAGACUCCCGAGAAACCAAUAUCAAAGAAAUAUUUCAUCCUGAACAAUGGGCAUCGUAUAUAACACAUCCUAAGAAUAAAAUGAAGAACAUUAUAAAUCAGAAGAUAUUAUUUCAAAAUAAUUCAAAGACACCAUUAGAUAUUAAUAUAUUUAAUGCGCCUAAAGAAAUACCUGGAGCAAGAAAUAUAAAGCUCACAAAAACAGAUGUUUUCGUUAAUAUACCUCCUGAAAAGCUUACUUAUGAUAAUAUUUCGAAUGAAAACCUGGGAACUAUCCCAAAAGCCCAGCAAAGCACAUUUGUUUUUAAAGCGUUAUUGAAACCAAAUCAGAAUAUUCCAUCAGAUAAUAGAAUAAAUAGAGACGAUAUUUCAGAGAAACCAAAUCGUAAGUUUUUCAAUAAAUUAAAAAAUGCCUGCGGCAAGUUAUCUAGAAAAGGUAAAAAUGAUAUAACAGAUUCCAAGAAUCAGGCUCAUAUAUUUCAAAAAAAUGAUGCUAGUAGAUAUUAUAAAGGGAUAAAAGAUGAAACAGGAAUAAAUGUUAAUUCUAUAGAGAACAGUAAUUUGAAUGCGAAUGAUGACUUUACAUUAGAAAUGGAAACUAUUACUGCUAGAAAUUCGAAUUCAAUAAAAAAUGCUUUCGACUGGAGUGAAAUAAGAGAAAUAACUCCGAAGUUUGAUUCAUUUCUAAAUAACUUUAUACUGGAGGAUGGAAAGAAGUCUAAAAUUUUGUCCCCGAAGAAAACUGUUGAAAUGAAUUUAGAAAGUUCUUCCAAUGAAAUCGGAAAUAAAGAAAUGCAUGACCAAAAGAAAAGUGAUGAAGCAAGUAAAAUAAAACCUUCAUUCGGGAUAAAUGACAUAAGUCAACUGCUUCUUGGCAUUCAUAAUACCAAAAUGGCUAUUAAAAAUUCUGGAAAUGUUGUGGAUUCAGAUUCAAUACAAAAUAUAUUUCCUGAUAAUCUUAACUAUGAAAAACCAGCUGAAGUUUUCAUUAGUGGGAACUUAAGGAAAGUAAUACAGAACGCUGAGAGUGUACCCGAAAGAAAGGAUAAGAAUAAUUUAGCGAAAUUUGAAUACUUAAUGAACAAUUCUUUGCCAAAAAAUGAUAUUUUGAUGAAUAUUCUGCAGCUUUCUAUGAAAAAUGCAGACGAAAAUCAUAAUGGAGCAUGGAGUUCGCUAAAUACUGAAGAGAAUUUUAUGAACCAAAAAGGGAAAAAGUUUGGAGAAAAUUUUAAUCAAGAUAUUGCAAUGAAGAAUUAUGAUAAUUUGUUGCCUGAGAAUCCUAUGGAAGAUUACCUUAAUCCAAACGACUUAAAAAUGGUCAAAAAUUCAACGAUUUUCUCUAAUAACCAAGGAGCAGUUGUUCCUAUCAACUCGAACCUUGAGAUAAAGUUUAAAAAUCUGUUACAACCUAAUGAUAUAAUAAAGCAUAAUGACUUUUUCAAUCAAAAUGCUGAAAGUAAUAAAUACCCAAGAAAAGAUGUGAUGUCAUCUCAGAAUUCAGCUUCACUUGAAGAUAUUUCAGAAUAUGAUGACGGUAAGGAAAUUUUAGAUCAAAACGACUCUUCGUCUUCAGAUCUUUUUGGUAAUUUUGAACCAAACGCCAUUGAAGGUUUGAUGUCUCUUCCUGACAAGCUGCCAGAGAAGCCUCUUAUAGAAUUUCAGUUAAAUGUUUCACCUUGUUGCAAGUAUGCCUCUAAAGUUCUUGGAAUUUUCAGUGGAAAACGUAAUAAAUCGUUUUCUGAUUUUACUCAAAGAUGCUUUUGUGCAUACUGUCCGAGAUAUUUCAAUCGUUUUGCCAAGAAUCCUUUCAAUGAACAUUCUUCUGAUGAAGACAAUGCAGAUUCCAAAAUCGAAGAACUUCCACCUUCAGUUUACUGGACUCGGGCACUUUGGUUGACACUACAAUGUAUGAAGAUUUAAUGGUAAUACAGCCUAUUAGUGUAACACUCUAAAUGGAUUUCAAACACAUAUAUUCCCCUUUUGAAGACAUUGUUAUGAAAUUUGCUCUGGAAUUGUUUAAAAUUAUUAUGUCAUAUUUUUUCUUUUAAUCUGUUAAGUUUUCUAACAAAUACAUGAUGUAUUAUAUUGUCA